CCUUCCCCGGAUCAUUUAGUGCAGUAGUCGGCAAAGAAAAGUGACCAGAGCCGAAGCCCAUCCAGCCCUUUGAACUGUGGGACUGCGACCAAACUGACUCAUUUACCUCAACGACUGUUUACAACCUGCGAAAGCGGAUCAGCGGGAAAGCUCAUAUUCUGAGGCAGAUUAGACGUAAGGAAUCAUUGUGGCUGCUGCUUUUUGGACACUUAAAUUGCGCACGGCGGAUCUAUGAAGACGCAGGCAGGUUUUUCACUCUCUACACCAGACAGAGGGAACAGGGAGUGAUUCACCCCCCUGCCUGCAGCCCCCAUGCCGGGCAUUAGCUCCACCGCGCCUCGUUAUGAAAACUGGGACAUGGACCACCUCGACCACUACCAACAUUAUUUUUACGACGACGACCACCACGAUCCUGACGAGGAUUUCUUCAAGUCCACAGCGCCCAGCGAGGACAUAUGGAAGAAAUUCGAGCUGGUACCGACCCCGCCCAUGUCCCCUAUCCGCGCGGUGGAAGGGUCAGGCAGGGUCGGGCUGCUGUACCCGUCUCUGGGGGACAAGCUGGAGUGGGUCUCUCAGUUCUUAGGGCAGGAUGAUGAACAGCAGCAGGACCAGCCCUGCAAGCUGACAACGGCCAGUGACUCCUUCGGGAACCUGAGCUCCAUCAUCAUCCAGGACUGCAUGUGGAGCGGCUUCUCGGCCGGACAGCAGCUGGAGAGAGUUGUAGGGGAGCGCUGCGCCUCCUGUCCCGGGACGGGGGCCACUGCUAAAGUCGCAGCCGGGUCUGCCGUUACAUCCCCGGGGAGAGCGCAGAGUGCCCCCGCCGACGCGUCGGCCCUCAGUGGACUGGCGGCGGACUGUGUGGACCCGGCUGCGGUGCUCACUUUCCCGUUAAACGGUGGAUGCAAGAAACAAGUGUCCUCUGGUUCCGAGUCUCACACGGACUCAUCAGAUGAUGAAGAUGACAAAGAUGAGGAUGAAGAGGAGAUUGAUGUUGUGACGGUGGAGCACAAGCAGCAACGCAAACCUCGUCGACUGGUCAACACUCGUAAACCAGUGACCAUAACGGUGCGAGCCGACCCCCUCGACCCCAGCAUGAAGCGUUUCCACAUCUCCAUCCACCAACAGCAGCACAACUAUGCUGCGCCCUCUCCAGACACACUCCCUACGCCAGCUGAGCCACCUCGGAAGAGGGUCCGGCAGGAGGCCUCCACCCAGGCCACCCAGCCGCACCACAACUCACAUUACCACCAGCCCCGGACCGGCCACGCCCCUUUGAACUUAGACAAUAGGAGGUCUCAUGUGGCUGGAGUCCGGUCCGAGUCCCCUGACCCCAGGGCCUCUUCUCCUACCUCCUCCACGUCCCCUUCGUCUCCUCCCUCCUCCUCUUCCUCCUCAACCUCGCAUCCCCACAGCUCUCCCUCAAAGCCCCACUUCUUCUCCAGCCCCCAGUCCUCCGACUGCGAGGACACAGACAAACGCAAGGCGCACAACUUCCUCGAGCGCAAGCGGAGGAACGACCUGCGCUCACGUUUCCUGUCGCUGCGGGACGAGAUCCCGGGCUUAGCGGACUGCCCCAAGACGCCAAAGGUGGCGAUCCUGACGCGAGCCACAGAGUACCUGCAGCAGCUGCACGCCAGGGAGAGGCAGAAGGCUCAGGAGAGGAAGCAGCUGAAAGCCAGGCAGCUGCAGCUGCUGCAGAGGCUGGCACAGCUCAAACGCUCCUGAGCGUCGGGGUCGGUCGUCACCACACAUGUACACUCACAGAACUGAACGGGACUACAUGAAGGAGAAAAGACACUAAUGUUCAGUUUGAAUUGGUCACGUUGGAGUAGUGCGGGUGGAAUUUGUUUUUUCUUUUUCUAUUUUUGUGGUUUGCACAUUAGCUUCUGAGUGAUUGACAAGGCCAUAAGCCAGUCAGGACAGUCAGCUAGGGACUGAUCUUAUGGGCAGAUUAAUAUGUACAUGAUUACUCAAUAUAGGUUUGUGAAACUAUUAUAUUUCCCCUUCCUAAAAAUGUUCAAAACUGUUGCUUGCUACAGGAAGGCUUGUUGUGAACGCAGCAGCUUCUAAUUGAUAAACUGCUACAACUGUGCUGUUUAACUGCUGCAUGGUCUGGUCAGACGUCUCCUUGAUUGUGAUAGGGCUUGGUGUGCUUGCACAGCAGCGAUGUCUCCUUUCUCAUCUGUCAUCAGUCUAAAGGGCCCCCUGAUGUUUCUCUGUAGAGUCACAACUUGCACAUUUUAUUAUCAAGUUCUGCCUCUUUUCUGCUCUGUUCUUUUUUCCAUUUUACUCAUUUUCCACAGCAUCUAACCUCUUCUGUUUCUUCUUCAUCACACUUUUUCCUUGCCAGCAGUUGAAGUUUCUAGCUUUAUGCUAGCUGAUAAUGGGGAGUGCAGGGAGCUGUAGUGGGACUGUACUGAGCAAUGCAACAACAAUGUUAAAACUGGAAGGAUACAAAAUGUUAUGCACCUCUGGCAUAGCUCAGGUUCAGUCCUGACAUCUGUGCCUGCAGGUUUCCAUUCAUAACUUCAGUGUUUUUCUUCUUGCACCAUAGAUGUUUCGCCAGCAGCACCAUGCCCACAGUAAUGGCCUGUUUUGUAGCAUUAUUUGGAGAAAAUUAGAGAGUAUGUUGCCAUGCAGGCAUUGUUUGAGAUUGAUCCUAUUUUCAAUCAACAUCUGCAAAAAACACUAUGAAGAUGUUUACCAAGUUUCACUCUGUCUUUGUUAUUGUUGUGCCAUGGAGACCAGACAAAAAGGUGAAUGUUGGCUUCAAAUCAUCAACCGAAAGAAACUUUUAGAGAAUGGCUUAAAUUGAAUCUGUAUGUUUAAACAACACCAAAAAUGCCAACUUUUGCUUGGAGAUGAAGCCCACAGAGUUCCAACUGUACAUUUCUUUCAUCUUGCUGUCUGAUAUAUUUGUAAUUUUGUUUUUGUUUUUUGCAUUUGAUGUAUUGCCUAUAGAAGCCUUUCAAUGUACGUAAACUAUCCUGUUGGAUGUUAUGUGUAUAUAGUACCCUUUCUGUACAGUCCCUUCCAAACCAAAACCAGAGCUGUCUACUAUACUCAACCUAGUUUUUGUUUGGCCCUGCGUCCUAAACUGGGGCCAAGUUUGCUGGCUUUUCAAAGAUAACUCAAAGCUUCUAUUUUUGUUAAUAAAAUGACUAUGAAAAAGAGUAAAAUAAAACACUUACUGAACAUUGAUCACACUAGCCACUUUGUCACCACAUUUUUUUGCAAUGCCUACUUGUUUUCUUUAUUGUUCAUUACUGUUUCUGUCUCUGGGGUUUCUUUUAUUUGUACAAGUCAGUUGACAAAAGUUUUUUAUACUAUAUUUUCUUACCGAGUUGUGUUUCAGUGUGAGCUAAUGACUGUUUUUGUUAUUGUAGCUGGCAGGGCUUUAUUGGUGGUUAUGUGCUGAAAAUUGGCAUGUAUGGUCUGCUUCCUCUCUGUGGAGUGGAAAAGCACCUGAAUGCUCCUGUAUUCAAUCCAAUCACUGUAGCUGUAGCACUCUCUUAAAUCUGACGUGGGGGGAGGGGAGGGGGGGACUUAAGAGGAUCUACAGAUUAAACUUCUGGCUGUGUGUAGCCUUUAGUGACCUUAAUGUUACUGCUUUCUCUCUGCUUUUUUUUUUUUUUUUUUUUUUUUUUGCAAGCCUGGUGCUCCCUAUUGUCCCAUAAGCCAUGCAACAGAGAACACUGUAGCCCCAGGAACUAGUACUGUAAAUGACUCGAUCAUGACGAGUAGCAUGCCCUGCUCUUACCAGCACUCAGGAAACUCUCAAGUUGUCUGUAUCUCUUGUGAUAGGGCCAUAUAGGCUGUGCUUGAGGAAAACACCCCCCUGCUGUAAUAUGCUGUAUUUAUAACAUAACGUCAGACCCACACAGACAGAAAGAACCCUUCCUUCUCCUGAAUUUUCUGUAAUAUUUUUCUGCUAAUUAAUUCAGCAUAAGCCACCAUUAGCCCUGAUUUGAUUUUUUUGUUUGUUUGUUUUUUUCAAUAGGGUUUGCCCUGUUUUUAAUUUGUUUGACUUGUAUUGGUCACUGGUCUCUGCUUUUGGCACAGUCACGGUAGCAGUGGACGUUGCUUACAUACUUUGGGAGUUAAACUAUGGUGAUUUUGGAGCCUUGUCUCAGCACUUUUUUUUCUGUACCUCAUAAGCCUAUAUGUAUGAAGAGUCAGAAUUAAUAAAUUCAUGGUUUGACAUCAUAAA